UUUGGCGAUGUAGUUAGCUCGUCGCGCUACUAAAACAGUUAAAACAAGUAAUUUGCGGUUUAUUCGCGGUUUAAUGUGUAUCCGCGGUCCUUUCCUCUAAAAAAACGGUGUGUUAUCGAGACUGUACAAAAUUCUACAUUUAUACACUUCGAAGUACACUUCUACACACUUUUAUUACUGUCAUGAGGAGAAACGAAAAUCAACCAAGAACAACGGCAGGCUGUCUGUCUGUUCCACUGUUUAACCAAAAAAAGCGGAGCAGAUUGCCACUGACGUCCAAUCCCUCUGAGAGCGAAGUGUUCUCUGGAUACGAGAACAGAGACAUGCUGAGCUUCACUUCAGCCAUCCAUCCAUCCACAGACAUGGGGAGUGGUCAGCCGUCAAUGAAUCGAGCGCCUCUGGCGCAGAUAAGUCAGUGGAACCAGCAAACCAUCCCACCAACUCAACAAAGCAAAUUGUGGCCCACUGCUUCAACAGGGAGAGGAUACACACCUAUACUUCACGCACAGAAGCGUACCUAUGCUUGGUCCCAGACAGGGCCACAGAGACCUCCAGGCAGACAGGAUCCCAUGGCAACAACCCCAGGUUUCAAGCAAGAUGACUUUCUGAGUGGGAGUUCAACCGCUCAAAUCCAAAAUAAAACUCUGGCUGCCAGGCAACCCGUGAAGCAGCAGUCAUUUAGUCGAAACGUCAAUCCACCCAGAGGUUCUUUCGCCCCUUCAGCUCCCGCAGCAUGCAGUCAGAGACCAGCGGCUCAGACUCAGAGCUCCCAGUGGAAGAUCAAAUCUGGUGGACUUGGGAGGGGAAUGUGGGUUGAGGACACUUUUAAUACUUCACAAAACAAAAGCCGUGUACAGCAGCAGGAAAAAGCAACGCCCAGGAAAUCUCUGCGAAUUCUCACCGCUGUUAUAGAGGGCAUGAAGCACUGGAGCCAGUUCAAGGACAAAGUUCCUAUGAUGUUUGAGAUUUUUGCCACUCUCGAUUCUGCAGUUACUGUAGGAAAAUUUGGUGCCAAGAGCUUCUUAAUGAGGGACAGAAACGAUGCAGUGCCAUGUGUGUACUAUGAAAACGAUCAGGUACUGCCCAGGCUAAUCCGAGGUCAGGUGCAUCGCUGCGUAGGGAAUUACGACCGACAGAAAAAUGUUUUUACCUGCGUGUCAGUGCGGGCUGCGUCGCUGUCAGAGCAGAGAAAUGCUCAAGAAGCCGUGAGAGCAUCAGAUGCCGAGAUGAGAAGCGAGGUCCUGAUGCUUUCUGAAAUGUGAUGGAAUACAUGCAGAGCAGGAAAGUUUUAUAGUUUCAAAGGUGUUUCAUUUUUACUAAAUUUUUGUUCAGAACCAUAAUUGUACAAAGCAGUGUUGAUAAACCAGUUUUACCAUUAAAUUAAUGGCUUUUCUUUCCAGUUUGAACAUUUUGUUCUUCUUCUGUUAUCAGUUUAACAU